AUCAAGACGGAAGUCACAGCCAGCCGGAAGUUCCAGGGCCGGCUCUUAACGAGGUGGGGGUGGGGAGCGGGAGGACGAGCCGGGUAGGAUGGCGGCUCAAAUCCCAAUUGUAGGGGCCACUUCCACUCCCCCGAUAGCCCGGAACAGCAAGAAGCGGCCAGCCAGCCCUUCCCACAACGGCAGCGGAGGCGGAUACGGCACCAGCAAGAAGAAAAAGCUAUCUGCCUCCGGCGGCUAUGCUCAGGGUGUCAGCAUGGAAGCCAUGAGUGAGAAUAAAGUGGUGUCCUCUGAGUUUAGCACAGGACCUAUGGAGAAAGCUUCCAAACCUUUGCCAUUUAAGGAUCCCAACUUUGUGCACUCAGGCCAUGGCGGCGCAGUGGCUGGCAAGAAGAACAGAACCUGGAAGAACCUCAAACAGAUUCUCGCUGCUGAAAGGGCAUUGCCGUGGCAACUGAACGAUCCGAACUACUUCAGUAUUGAUGCUCCUCCAUCCUUUAAGCCAGCUAAGAAGUAUUCUGAUGUUUCGGGCCUACUUGCCAACUACACAGACCCCCAGAGCAAGCUUCGGUUCAGCACCAUUGAAGAGUUUUCCUACAUUCGGAGGCUACCAUCAGACGUGGUCACAGGCUAUCUGGCCCUAAGGAAGGCCACAAGCAUCGUGCCCUGAGCCUGACAAAUGGAGAUGAAGUGGAAACUGUCAGAAGCAGACUUUGGACUCGUGAUUCUGUUUGAUGGAAACAAACUCAUUCUGCUGUCAGUCUGAAAAUGUCAGUUCUGUGCCUUGGAAAGAAUGUUUGGCUUCAAUGCAAAGUUGGUUUUUUUUUUAUGUUUUCCCUCCAAGUGUGAUAUUUCCUGGUGAAUUAAAUUAUACUUCAGUUGUUGCCUCAAGUAAAAUUGUUUGACAAGAAAAUACAGUAAAAUUGUGCUUUUAACCUA